AUGACAAAAAAGAAAACAUUCAUUCCCCUUCUAUAUCUUACAUCUAUAGUCUUUUUGCCCUGGUGUAUCUCUUUCACAUUUAAGAAAAGUCUCGAAUCUUGGUUUAUUGAUUGGUGGAAUACUAGGCAAUCCGAAAUUUUCUUGAAUGAUAUUAAAGAAAAGAGUAUUCUAAAAAAAUUCAUAGAAUUUGAAGAACUGUUUUUCUUAGAUGACAUGUUAAAGGAAUGUCCGGAAACACAUCUACAAAACCUGCGUACUGGAAUCUAUAAAGAAACAAUCCAAUUAAUCAAAACGCACAACGAAGAUCGUAUGAAUACGAUUUUGCACUUCUCGACAAAUAUAAUUUGUUUCUUUAUUCUAAGCGGUUAUUCUAUUCUUGGUAAUCAAGAACUUGUUCUUAUUAACUCUUUGGUUCGAGAAUUUAUAUAUAAUUUAAGUGACACAAUAAAAGCUUUUUCUAUUCUUCUAUUAACUGAUUUAUGUAUAGGAUUCCAUUCAACCCAUGGUUGGGAACUAGUGAUUGGUUUCGUCUAUAAAGAUUUUGGAUUUGCUCAAAAUGAUCAAAUUAUAUCUGGUCUUGUUUCCACUUUUCCAGUCAUUUUAGAUACAAUUUUAAAAUAUUGGAUUUUUCGUUAUUUAAAUCGCGUAUCUCCAUCACUUGUAGUGAUUUAUCAUUCAAUGAAUGAUUGA